CAACCAAGUUGUAAAGCCAAUCUAUGUGUACAGAUAUAGUCAUGGUCAAUAAAAGACAACAGACUCGAUGGGGCUCGGAAAGCGCUGCCUCAAAACUCCACGGUUUCACGCUGUCUAUUACAGGCGCUAUGACUAGAGAGCAGAUAGAGACAUAUGCGCAACUCGUACGAAUCGAAGAGAUCACCCAGAAGCUCAAGAUAGAUGACAUCGUGCCUACUGACCGGCACAGCAGAUCCCCAUCGCCCGGACCAAUAUACGACAGCGCCGGCCGGCGCAUCAAUACACGUUACCGCCGGCAUUGGGAGAAACUGGAAAAUGAACGCCACUCCUUAGUCCAGCAGGUCUCGCGCAUUAUUCCUAGAUAUCGGGCGCCAGAAGGAUAUCGCUACAACCAUAUGACGAUUAGGGAAAAAGUCUACAUCCCCGACAAGCAGUUUCCCGAGUUCAACUUCAUAGGUCAAUUGCUAGGACCCCGCGGUCGCAGUCUUUCUGACAUGAACACUCGGUCAGGGGCCAACAUCGUGAUUCGUGGGCGAGGAUCUACUAAAGAGGGACGCCGAGGCCAUCGUCACCCCCUAACAAAUGAAGAAAACGAACCUCUCCACUGUCUCGUCACUGCUGACUCCCAAGAGAAGAUCGAUAAGGCGAAGAAGCUCGUCGAUGCCGUCAUCGAGACCGUUAUCACCACACCAGAACAUGCCAACGAGCGCAAGAAAGAGCAGCUCCGUGACUUGGCGAGAGCGAACGGGACCUUUCGCGAUGACGAGGGCCGUGGCAUGGUAACGUCGACUAUUACUAACAGUCACGCUCAGGUGAUAUGUCGAGUUUGUGGUAACGGGGGUCAUAUCGCGAGAGAUUGCUCUGACAGAAGGGCCAAAACGACUACUACUCCAUGGCGAAAUGAUAAUCAACUCCCCCCUUGGCGAUUGCGAAGUGCUGACGGAGAACAGGCGAUCACUGAUACAGUAGAUGCAGCUUGUACGAAGUUCCUGGAGGAAAUGUAGAGCUGAUGAUGGAGCAGCGUUCAUGCCUAAGUGCUGAGAGUUUACUAACAAUGGAAUAAACUGAGGAAUCGUCACUAGGUACCUAUCUCCUAACCGAAUACCUAUGAGUCCCAAGUCAGAUGAAUCUAUUAAACGGUUAUGUUAGCAGUGACAUGAACCGUGAUCUAACAAUAUGCUGUAUGUGGAUGCAUUCAGUAUACCCUCUACUAAUUCCCAGGUUGUCUUGGACGAACAGUAUAUCACCUUUUAGUAAAACCUUACAUGCUAGCUGUCGCCAGGGUAAUUCCCA